AUGGAUUACGACAAGAUCAUUUCGAACCCGCAGGCCACCCGCUACGUGGUCAAAUUCAUGCACCAAACAGGUCUCCUCCGGCAGUUCCAACAUGUUGGGAUCGAGGAUGACGACGACGACGAACCGGUAGGCCUUGCGGCAAUGGAUCUAGGUGUGGAAGACGAUGGGGAUGACAACCAUGCCGAUGAACUGGCCACCAAGAACACCACCACCAAUUGA